AUGUAUUGCCCAGUCCCUUUAACGUCUAAUUCAACAUCCAAUACAACUUCUGGUCUGACCUCAAACACAAAUACGGUCUAUAAUUCAGCCCCCACUUCGGCCUCAGUUUCAGCCCCUAAUACAGUCUCCAAUGCGGUCUCUAAUCCAGUCUCUAAUCCGGUCUCUAAUCCGGUGUCUAAUCCAGUGUCCAAUUCAGCGACUCUGACAGCGACUAAUUUAUUGGCUAAUCGACAAAGACUUAGCGGAACUUAUGGUGUAACUAAUGGACAAAGAGUUGUCUACCAAUGGGUACGAGUGGGUAAUCAGUGGCAGCAAAGGGCAGUCAUUAUUACGAGGGCACCGCUGAGGUCAUGGAGUAGGGCUAUCACUACGAGAUCCCUGGCCGUUACAGUAGAUUAUCCGGAAGACAAGAAUUAUGACAAGACUUACGACAAGAAUUACGAUAACAAUAACAUGGACUACACGACCAACGAUAGCCCGGCGCCCACCGAUAGCCUCAAACUGGUCGGCCGUAAGAUCAAACUGAAC